GUUGAAUUUUUAUGAACCAUUUAAAAGAAUUAAAAGUUAUUCGUUAGAUUAAGAAUUUAAUUUCUAAAUCGAUUUCGAUUCAUUAUCAACAUAUGAACACAGGAAUCAUAUAAAAAACAAAAGAAACUUCUUAGUCAUUCAAAACUUAUCAAAAACUUUUUUGGUUUAUGCUUUGAAAAAAACAGAAUCAAAAUUGAUUUUAUUCAUAAUCUCGACUAAAAAAAGAUUCAGUUUUGAUCAUAAUUUUACGAAAAAUUUUUUUUUAUUAAAAAAAAGUCCUUAAAAUAAUUCUUAAGAAUUUUGAAAAGAUUUGAAAAAACAUUAUUACUCUACUGUGAUCUAUUUCAAUAUAUAAACAAGAUCAAUUAUACUUCUGUUAUUAUAGGAUUAAGACAAAGUGGAUGUGAACUUAUACAAAAAUAUCUUGAUCAAACAAGUGAUAUACGUACAGCUGCAUUACUUGCUAUUUAUGUUCCAGAAGAUGUACAUCAAGAAUGUCCUUAUGUUCAAGAAUGGAUUGAAGGAUUUCGACUUCUUCUUGAUGAACUUCAAAUGUGGAAUGAACGUGCUGAAUUUGAUAUAUAUCGUAGUCAUGUAACAGGUACAACACCAUAUCGUCGACAUUAUUAUGAUCGUUCAAUAAAUACAAAUCAACAUUUUUCAUGUAUUUUUUGUCAAACACCACUUGAAGUUAAUCAAGGAAGUUCAAAUCAAACUCCAACAAUGAUGGGAUUAUCAACAAAUACAACACCUAUUCCAACGACACCAUUGAAAGUUCAAAAUCGAAUAGCACAACAAACAAUGGCAACUAGAUCAUCUGCAUCAUCUUCAUCUACUUAUCCACCAUCAAAUUCUGAUAUGUUGAUGGUAUGCGCCAAAUGUCGUCAAGUCUUACCACGUUGUUCAAUUUGUAUGAUGAGUUUAACAACAUAUAUUGAAGAUGCAUCUUAUGCAUAUGAACCAUUACUUGAUAAACAUACAUUAAUGUCAAGUCAAUGGUUUACAUGGUGUCGUUUAUGUCGUCAUGGUGGUCAUGCUGAACAUGUUUCGAAUUGGUUUGCAAUGAAUCAACAAUGUCCCAUUGCAAAAUGUUUAUGUCGAUGUACAUUGAUUGAUGGCAUCUUUUGUUGA